AUGUGGGGCCAGGCGAGGGGAGGACUGGCAGCACAAUACGGCAAUGACGUCCGACCGGUGCCACCGACGGAUCUGACCUCACCUUUGCCUACAUCAGUGCAUGUGGCUACCAGUGGAACUCAGGACGUUGCUGGAGUGAUCGAUAUUUCUUCGGGAGAUGAGCAGACCCCUGCUUCCACCUCCGGUCACCAGCAGUAUAAUGCUCCGAUCAAUUCUGCAACGACUGUAGGGGCCGGAUUGGAUGCUGGUGAGGAGCUGGCGGAGACAGCAGCUGGGCAGCUUGGCAGGCCUAACGAUGCAGCCACUGAGCUGCCGGGCUAUGCCUGCCUUUCGUCAAUCAUCGGAGCGACGGUGAGACGAAAGGAGACAGUUGAGUCCACCUACGGGGACAUUGUGCUGUGGGACGUGUCUGCCGUGACAGACAUGAGCCGCCUCUUCGAGAGUCUCGACAACUUCAACGAGAACAUCGUUUCUUGGAACGUUUCGGCCGUGACAGACAUGAAGCAUAUGUUCCACAUGGCUAGUUCUUUCAACCAGACCCUCGGCUCCUGGGAUACAUCCUCCGUGACUGACAUGAGCUACAUGUUCAACGGGGCAGGUGCUUUCAAUCAACCAAUCGGCUCUUGGGAUACGUCCUCAGUGACUGACAUGAGCUACAUGUUUGAGAAUGCUGACAGUUUUAAUCAGCCCAUUGGCUCGUGGAACACAUCCUCUGUGACCAGCAUGCGUGGAAUGUUCUGCAGAAACAAACUCUUCAAUCAGCCCAUCGGCACUUGGGACACGUCUUCAGUGGCUGACAUGAGCGGCAUGUUUGAGAGGGCGGUGACGUUCAACCAGCCCCUCGGCUCGUGGGAUACGUCCUCGGUGAAGAGCAUGAGCUAUAUGUUCCACAAAUCAAGCUUGUUUAAUCAACCCAUCGGUUCCUGGGAUACGGCCUCGGUGACUGACAUGAGCCACAUGUUCGAUGAGUUGGGUUCUCCUUUCAAUCAGCCACUUGGCUCUUGGGAUACCUCCUCUGUGACCAGCAUGCGCUGCAUGUUUCGUGACGUUUAUGCUUUCAACCAACCCAUCGGCUUGUGGAACACCUCUUCUGUGACCGACAUGGGCUCGAUGUUCAUGGGUGCUAGAGCUUUCAAUCAGCCCAUUGGCUCGUGGAAAACAUCUGCUGUGACGGACAUGAGCGAGAUGUUCAGUGGCGCAAAUGCUUUCAAUGAGUACAUCGACUCGUGGGAUACUUCUUCCGUGACUACCAUGCGCCGGAUGUUUCAGAAAUGUUAUGCUUUCAACAGACCCAUCGGCUCAUUCAACACUUCUUCUGUGACCGACAUGCGCCAGAUGCUAAUGGAUGCUGCAGUGUUCAAUCAGCCCAUUGGCUCGUGGAAAACAUCUGCCGUGACCCGCAUGAUGGAGAUGUUCAGGGGCGCAAAUGCUUUCAAUCAAGUCAUCGAAUCAUGGGAUACCUCUUCUGUGACCGACAUGGGCUCGAUGUUCAUGGGUGCUAGAGCUUUCAAUCAGCCCAUUGGCUCGUGGAAAACAUCUGCUGUGACGGACAUGAGCGAGAUGUUCAGUGGCGCAAAUGCUUUCAAUGAGUACAUCGACUCGUGGGAUACUUCUUCCGUGACUACCAUGCGCCGGAUGUUUCAGAAAUGUUAUGCUUUCAACAGACCCAUCGGCUCAUUCAACACUUCUUCUGUGACCGACAUGCGCCAGAUGCUAAUGGAUGCUGCAGUGUUCAAUCAGCCCAUUGGCUCGUGGAAAACAUCUGCCGUGACCCGCAUGAUGGAGAUGUUCAGCGGCGCAAAUGCUUUCAAUCAAGUCAUCGAAUCAUGGGAUACCUCUUCCGUGACGGACAUGCGCCGGAUGUUUCAGGAAUGUUAUGCUUUCAAUAGACCCAUCGGCUCAUGGAACACUUCUUCUGUGACCAGCAUGAGAGGGAUGUUCGUGCGCGCCACAGCUUUCAACCAACCCAUCGGCUUGUGGAACACCUCUUCUGUGACCGACAUGAACAAGAUGUUCAGGAGCGCUGCAGCCUUCAAUCAGCCCAUUGGCUCGUGGAAAACAUUUGCCGUGACCGACAUGAGACAGAUGUUCAGGGGCGCAGCUGCUUUCAAUCAGCCCAUCGACUCGUGGGACACCUCCUCCGUGAGCGACAUGCGCUUCAUGUUCCAGGGGGCAAUCUUGUUCAAUCAACCCAUCGGCUCUUGGGACACGUCUGCAGUGACUAGCAUGCUCGAGAUGUUCGGUGAGGGUUAUGCUCACAAUGACAACAUCGGCGCGUACUACUUGAUGGAGUACAUGUUCGAGACCGCAGUGGCUUUCAAUCAGCCUAUCGGCUCCUGGGACACGUCAUCUGUUCGACGGAUGGACUACAUGUUCGAGAAAGCAAGGGCUUUCAAUCAACCCAUUGGCUCUUGGGACACCUCUUCUGCAGUCGUUUUCAAUCGGCCCAUCGUUUCAUGGGACACUUCAGCCGUGAUCGACAUGAGCGGCAUGUUCGCCGAAGCUUUCGCUUUCAACCAACCGGUCGGCUCAUGGGAUACCUCCUCUGUGAAGACGAUGGACAGAAUGUUCUAUGGGGCGGAUGCUUUCAACCAGCCACUUCAGUCCUGGAAUACAGUGGCGAUGGCCACAGCGGAGGACAUGUUUUCACCCACAAGCUUUUUGAAGCAGCCACCAUGCCCAUCAGGCGAAGCUCCGUCCACGAACGGGCUUGUUUGUGAGAUUUGCCCACCUGACCACUUCUCAUGGACUCAUGGGACUGCUUGCCAAGCAUGCCGUACCCACGGCUUAUGCCACUGCCCGGAUACCAGCGAUCUCAAUUUGCCAGAAGAUCGCGGAUACUGCAGAGAUUGUCCCGACGACUGCGAGGGGUGCACAUCCAUCUGCAUGGCCGAGUUCCGCAGCAAGUCCGAGCUUAGGGAAGCAGUGGUCGACUGGGAGGCGAAUGCCAAUCGUGGCUUGGCCAGAAGGGCGAUAAUGCGGUCCACUUACGGAGACAUUGCCCGAUGGGAUGUUUCUGCGGUGACAGACAUGAGCCACCUGUUCCAUUCUCUCAACUACUUCAACGAAGACAUUAGCGCAUGGACAGUUUCCGGCGCGAGGAACAUGGAAUCCAUGUUCCUACAUGCAAGCUCCUUCAACCAGCCCCUCGACGCUUGGGAUACGUCAUCAGUGACCAACAUGGCAGGCAUGUUCAGUUUUGCAACUGCUUUCAAUCAGCGCAUUAGCUCCUGGAAUACUUCCCUGGCGACGUCUUUCAACCAGCCGCUCGGCUCGUGGGAUACCUCCUCCGUGACGGACAUGGAUUACAUGUUUGCGAAAGCAGCAGCUUUCAAUGAACCCAUCGGCUCCUGGAAUACCGCCAUGGUGGCCACCAUGACGUACAUGUUUCAUGCUGCUGCAGCGUUCGAUCAGCCCAUCGGCUCUUGGGAUACGUCCUCAGUAACCAGCAUGAGAGGCAUGUUCCAGAAAGCAGUGUCUUUCAAUCAGCCGAUCGCAUCCUGGAAUACUUCCUCUGUGGCUAGUAUGGCAGUCAUGUUCAAUGAGGCGGUCGUGUUCAAUCAGGCCAUCGGCUCGUGGAAUGUGCCACCUUACCCGGAGAGGAUUGCGAUGUUGGAAGGUGCCACCGCCUUUGACUCGCCCCCCUGUGACGCAGGAGCCAUCCCAAGCCCAAACCGGAUCGCUUGCGAGCGCUGCCCCCCGGGCUACUUCGCCGUGACGGCCUCCGAAAACUGUACUCGCUGCCCCUUUGGCUCCAUUCCUGCACCAGACCAUGGCACAUGCGAUGAGUGUCCACCCGGUAGGUUUUCAGGAGUCCUGGAUUGCGAUGACACUGCCUGCCAGUACGAGUGUUUCCUCGCUUUCCAAAACAAGUCUGAGCUUCGCGCAGCCAUGUUGAUUUGGGAAGCUGGCAUUGAUCGUACGAGUCAGCAACGGCUGCGGUCCAUCUAUGGGGAAGUGAAAGACUGGGACGUGUCAGCCCUGUCCGACAUGAGCGGAUUGUUCGAAGACCUUAGCAAUUUCAACGAGGACAUCAGCACAUGGAAUGUGGCCGGUGUGAUGGACAUGAGCCAUAUGUUCAAGGGUGCACGGUCUUUCGAUCAGCCAAUUGGCAACUGGCAGACAUCAUCAGCGACUACAAUGGCGCACAUGUUUGACGGUGCGGCUGCCUUCAAUCACGAGAUUGUCUUGUGGGAUGUUUCUAAUGUGCAGACCAUGAACCACAUGUUCCAUGGAGCUGUUGCAUUUAAUCAGUCACUUGAAGCCUGGGACACGUCCCGCGUUGCAGACAUGACGGCGCUGUUCUCAGAUGCCGAAUCCUUCAACCAGCCACUUGCCGGCUGGAACACAUCCUCCGUGAGAAGCAUGAGCCAGAUGUUCCGGGGUGCUUCUGGCUUCAACAGGCCAGUUGGCUCUUGGAUUACAGGUGCGGUGAUCCGAAUGGAUGGCAUGUUUCAGAACGCAGGCAUCUUCAAUCAACCGCUCAGCACAUGGGAUGUGUCUGGGGUGUCCGACGUGAGCAGCAUGUUCCAAAAUGCAGCAAGCUUCAACCACCCUGUGGGAGGGUGGGAUACGGCUCUCGUGACCAACAUGCGCAGCAUGUUCUCCGGAGCGACUGUGUUCGAUCAGCCCAUCGGCAUGUGGGACACCUCGUCCGUCAAAGACAUGUCUUUCAUGUUCUCAGAAGCCACCUCCUUUAAUCAGCUCGUCGAAAGCUGGAGCACUGUUUCUGUGACGAGCAUGACCGGCAUGUUCUUUGGGGCGUCAGUGUUCAACGGCUCCCUUCAAACCUGGGAUACCUCGUUUGUGAGGAGCAUGGCCCACAUGUUUCAGGAGGCAUCGGCAUUCAAUCAGCCCAUCGGCUCGUGGCAAACAUCUUCUGUAGCCGACAUGAGCCACAUGUUUGAUGGGGCGGCCGCUUUCAACCAACCUAUCGGCACCUGGAACGUUUCAGCAGUCCUUGACACGACGCUCAUGUUCUCUGACGCAGAGUCCUUCAACCAGCCCCUGGGAUCAUGGCUUUUGCCUGUGCCGGCGAGCCACGACAUGUUUCGCGGCGCCGAUGCUUUCAAGAGGCCGCCUUGCCCUGGGCGCUUUUCGCCUGCUAUCAACGGAUUAGGCUGUGAGCCCUGUCCUGUGGGGCAGUUCGCUUCUGCUGGAGACCGGUGUGAGACCUGCCAGCAAGGCUUCGUGCCAACCAGCGACGGUGAGGGCUGCCAGAGAUGCCCGGAUGGGAGCAUCUCCGUGUCUGGUGCCUGUGAGGAGUGUGUUUUCCCAUCCUUCAUUGUGAACGAUGCUUGCGAAUUGUGGCCCCUGCCCGUGGUGUUGGUGUCCACAGCACUGGUGCUACUUGUGCUGUGGAUCCUCAUUUCCCGCUACAGGGCCCGGAAAGAAGCAAAGAUCAGACGUGCUUUAGAGCCUUGA